GGUCCAAACAGAUCCGAGCCGGUCGGCACUCACGAGUCUGCUCGAGGUGCGAAGAGGAGGCCCGGCACGUCCAGCGAAGCAACCGGCCGGCGCGAUCCGACACUCCGCGAACAGAAGGCCGUCCAAUAUGCUUCUGAGAAACCUGUCCGGUGCCGCUUGGAUGCUGGCGGUGGGCGUUGCCAUGGCUGCUACCGCUGAACUUGGCCAGGGGACCUACACGGUGGUCUCGCCCAGUUCCGUGCGGCCCCACUCCGAGUACCACGUGGCCGUGGCGGUGCAGGGCGCUGACCGCGACACGUCCGUGCAGCUGGAGCUCGCCAACAGCGGCGACAACGGCCAAAACGUCACCUACACCGAGAAGGUGGUGGUUCCGGCUGGCAGCACCAAGACGGCGCGUCUCAAGGUGGGCGAGCUCAACGCGGGCAAGGUGCGCCUGUCCGCCACGGGCGAGGGCGGCGUGCCGUUCAGCAACGCCACGGAGGUGGACUUCGACGCCAAGACGGCCUCGCUCUUCGUGCAGACGGACAAGGCCCAGUACAAGCCGGGGCAGGACGUGCGCAUCAGGGUGCUGGUCCUGGACCCCCACCUCAAGCCCACCGUCAGAGACCCCAUCAACGUGUUCGUGUUGUCAGAUGACCACCUAUUUGCUGUGUGCACGACGAGCUUCCUUGUCCGACUGCAGGACGGCAAAGGCAACCGCAUCAAGCAGUGGCUGAGCGAGCAUCCCGAGGGCGGGCUGUGGUCCGGCACGUUCUCCCUGUCCGCGGGGCCGGUGCUCGGGGACUGGACCGUGGCCGCCGCGCUGGCCACCACGCCCGCCCCCGGCCCGGUCACCAAGACGUUCGGCGUGGCCGAGUACGUCCUGCCCACGUUCGAGGUGACGGCCAAGGCACCGCAGAGGGUCGCCUUGAAGCAGGGCAAGAUCGCCGUCACCGUCAAGGCCAAGUACACCUACGGGAAGCCAGUGGUUGGCAAGGCCACGGUGCGGGCCCCACUGCCGUACUACUGGACCAACCCCUUCUCGGCGCACACGUUCCCUGUGCCGGGCGGUGCUGCGGAGAAUGCCUCGACCUCCACGACCAUCUCCACCACACCCAGGCCGCCGAGACCCACACACGUCGAAAAAGUGGUCCCGAUUGACGGCAGUGCCACGGUCGAGUUCGACAUGAAGGAGGACCUCAAACUGGAAGACCACGAUUGGAACCACGUGAACUUCGAGGUGUCUGUGGUGGAGGACGUGACGGGCCGCGUGCUCAACGCCACGGACGUGGAGGGCACGCAGGUCCGGCGGCACGACUUCGAGUUGCAGUUCGUGGACACCUCGGACACUUUCCAGCCGGGGAAGCUUGUCAUAGCCAAGGUGAAAGUGACGGAUCUUGAAGGCAGCCCCAUCCACGACGACAAGAACCCCGUCGAGUUGAAGUACAGUUACAAUCACGGAUGGGAAGAACUCGAGCAGAAAUCGCUACCGAAGCAAACGGUUCCGCCGACGGGCAUCGUGACGUUCGAACUGGAGCCGGAGAAGAACAAGUCACAGAUCAUAUUGACCGCUGUUUAUUGCAACAACACCGCCGUCCAAUACAUUAGCGCACUCGAGGAGGGGGAAAGUCAGAACCUUAGCGUAGAGAUGGUGCAAGAAAGCGUUAAUGUCGGCGACGACAUCCUGGUGCGGGUGAUCGCCAAGGUGCCUCUGCGCCAGGCCACGCUGGUGGUGCAGGGCCCGCUGGGACUGCGGUCGGUGCGCGACGUUCCCGCCGCGCUGGACGCCGAGCAGGACUCGAAGCAGGACGCAAAGGCGGGCACCACGGUGCGCGUCCGCGCCACUGCCGACAUGGCCCCCGCCUCGCGCGUCGUGGUGUACGGAGUGACGGCGGACGGCCUCCUGGCGGCCGACGUGACGGCCGUCAAGGUCAACGCGACCCUCGCGCCGGUUGGGGUACGCAUCCUGCCGGGCCGCAGCGAGCCGGGUCGCGCAGUGGAGGUGUCGCUGACGGCGCGGCCCAACGCCACGGUGGCGCUGCUGGCCGUGGACCAGAGCGUGCUGCUCCUGAAGCAGGCCAACAACGGCGUGACGGCCGCCGACGCCAACAACGAGCGCCUCAGCUACGAGUCCAAGUCCAAGAGGCCGUGGCUGGGGUCCGGGGCGGAGAGCCUGCUGGGGAAGUGGAGGCGCUGGUGGUGGUACUCCCCGGAGGAGGUGCUGGAGGACGCCGGUGUCGCCUACAUGUCGAAUGCCAACGUGGUGCGGAGGGAACCACCGCAGGCGCUCUAUGCGGUCGACGACAUCAUCGACAUCCGCGCUCCAGGCGCCCCAGGCGCGGCGCCCGGAAUGGCGGUGCCUCCCAUGGCCGCGUCGGUGGGCUCCGGCGACGCAGGCGGGGCAGCUCCUCCGCCCAGGCUGCGCACGCUCUUCCCGGAGACGUGGCUGUGGGAGAGCUUUAAUGCUGGCGCUGACGGAAAUGUGACCCUCAAGAGAAUCGUACCGGACACCAUCACGUCGUGGGUCGUGUCCGCCCUGGCCAUAGACCCGGUACAGGGGCUGGGACUUAGCGAGCCGACCAAGCUGACGGUCUUCAGGCCGUUCUUCGCCGCCCUGAACCUCCCCUACUCGGUGAUUCGAGGCGAGACAGUGCAGGUGCCUGUCAUCGUCUUCAACUACAUGGACCAGGACACCACGGCCACGGUGACGCUGCACAACGAGCUCGGGGAGUUCGAGUUCGCCGGCAACGCGACCGGGGGCCGGGUUCGCCGUGAGGGCGCCGGGAGCCAAACGCGACAGGUGACCGUGCCGCGGCAGGGUGCCGCCUCCGCGACCUUCGACAUCACCCCCAAGAAAGUGGGCCACGUGGCGCUCAAGGUCACUGCCGUGGGGGACAAGGCCGGCGAUGCCGUGGAGCGGCCCCUCAAGGUCAAGGCGGAGGGAGAAACUCAGUACCGCAACAAGGCCGUCCCAGUGUCCCUCGGCAAAGAGAAGACAUUCAAGGCGAUCGUUCCCCUCGAGUUUCCCGAGAACACGGUGCCCGACUCCGAAACCGUGGAGGUGUCUGCCAUCGGUGACGUUCUCGGACCCAGCACAGCCAACCUGGACACACUCAUCAGGAUGCCUUUCGGGUGUGGUGAGCAGAAUAUGCUCAACUUCGUUCCCAACAUCGUCAUCAUGAAGUACCUGAAUCACACGAACAAGCUGAGCCCCGCCCUGGAGCGCACGGCGCGCUCCUUCACGGAGACGGGUUACCAGAAGGAGAUGACGUACCGGCACAAGGACGGCUCUUUCAGCGCGUUCGGUGAAAAGGACCGCAACGGCAGCACAUGGCUGACGGCCUUCGUGGCCAAGUCCUUCCGCCUGGCCAGGUCCCUGGUGGCGGUGGAGGAGCGCGUCGUGGACGAGGCACUGGAGUGGCUGUCGAAGCAGCAGGCCGAGAACGGCUCCUUCCCGGAGGUGGGCACCGUCAGCCACCGCGACAUGCAGGGCGGCGCGGCCAAGGGACUCGCCCUCACCGCCUACGUGCUCACCGCCUUCCUGCAGGAGAAGGAUGCCACGUUCAAGCACCAGGACGCGGCCAAGAAGGCGCUCGACUACUUGGUGAAGAACAUGGACAGCCUGGACGACCCCUACGCCAUCGCCAUCACCACCUACGCCCUGCACCUGGCCGGGCACCCUGCCAGGGACGAGGCGUUCAAGAAGCUGGACGCCAAAGCCCAGUCCGGACGCGGACUCCGGUGGUGGAGCAAGACGGAGAAGGCCGACCCCGACAACCCCUUCUGGAGCCAGCCCAACUCCGUGAACGUGGAGAUGACGGCCUACGCCCUGCUGACGUACCUGGAGCGCGGGCUGGCCGAGGAGGCCUUCCCCAUCAUGCAGUGGCUCAUCGAGCAGCGCAACUCCAACGGAGGAUUCGCCUCGACUCAGGACACCGUGGUGGGGCUGCAGGCGCUGGCGGCCAUGGCUGAGCGCAUCGCGCUCCCCUCCGGCGACAUGCGCGUCGUCUUCUCCUACACUGUGAAGGGCGCCAAGCAGGACACGCCCAUCAUCGUCAACAGUAAGACCGGCAUGUGGCUGCAGCGCCACGAGCUGCCCCGUACCGUCCGUGAGGUCGAGCUGGCGGCGGACGGCGCCGGCUUCUCGCUGGCGCAAGUCUCCUGGAGCUACAACGAGGCCACGGUGGGCAAGCACCCCUUGUUCAAGCUGCGCGCGGAGCUUGCCGACAGGACGACGCCCAACACGCUGGUGCUGCGAGUGUGCUCCAGCUUCAUCGCGGGGCCGUGGGGUUCCGAGAGCAACAUGGCGGUGGUGGAGGUGUCGCUGCCUUCGGGAUUCACAGCGGACCAGGACGCGCUGCCCGCCCUCAAGGAGAACCCCAACGUGAAGCGCGUUGAGACCAAGGACCAGGACACCGUCAUCGUGCUCUACUUUGACAAGAUGGAAACCAAGGAGUACUGCGCCGAGGUAUCCGCCAUCCGUACCCACGUCGUUUCCAACCAGAAGCCGGUUCCAGUCACCGUGUACGACUACUACGAUCAGACCCGGCGUGCUCGAGUGUUCUACGAGGGCCACUGAACACGAAGCGACGCACCGAGAGCAGUCUUCGGGUGCGGCAUUCUCUUCUGAUUUCAUGAGGGAGUGAAAUGUCAAUUGAAGCGCUUUCGCAAUCACGGAAGCCAGCAGGGAUCCUUAAGUUACCUCGGAAGGGCACCAAAACGUUCUCGUAAUAUAUCAAUUAAGAAACCGUACCUUAUAACUUCCUUUGAAUAGGAAAAAACAUUUUUCCAGCUUCUUGAAUUUGUAUUUAGAAUCUUUGGAAGUACUUCCUUAAGUCCACACCUUUAACCUUUAGUGAACAUUGUAUUUUGUUACGUUAGGAAAGCAGUGAUAGUUAAAUGUUUCGUUAAGUUACAGAUCUUUGUAGUAGGAGCCCGGACUUUUGUUCAAUUUUAAAAUACAAACUUAUUCAAACUU